UAGCGUGCAUAAAUUAUCAAUUUUAAUAGAUUAGUUUGCUCCAAGACCUCAUAGUAUUUUUUUUUUUUUUUUUUUAAUGUGAAGGAUCAACAUUCUGCCUAUCAAGAUCAGAUCAAUCCCUAUAAAGACUGUUUCUUUAAAAAUCAAUAAAGACCAUUGUUUUUCCACAGAAGCACUGUAAGCGUCCCCUAGGUAACUUGGUCCAAGUGCAUCCUAGGAAAUCUCAGCGUCGAGGCAGCUUGAGCAAAGCUCUACGGCUUUACGUUUUACAGCCCGUCUCAUAAAUGUGAGCGCCUUCAACUCUGCGUGACACGUCUUUGUAUUUAUGAAGGGCUCUGGAGAUGCCUCGCGACGACGCGUCCCCUCUCCGGUCCGAGCUAUUUUCAGCGCGAGCGCGUCACGAUGCCGUCCAGCAAACUUCAUUUGGAGUGAAUGAAGAACACGCGCGCACCUCCGGGAUUACAGCCCGUGCGUUAUCGUGAUUUGAGGCAGGUGCACAACUUCAAACGACGAAUUCUGCGAGCGCGAAACUACGCGAUCCUCCUCGCUCGGCUUGAUGUCCUCGUUCAUGUAUGAGAGAUUAUUCGUGCGUCGUCGUCUGCCCGAUCAUCACUUCUCCACUCACCUCGCAGCUUUCCUCUUUUCAUCUUAGCGUCCGUGCAAAAUGGAAUUCUGAAGUGCUCCACUUUCGCAGUUUCUCACCUUUCAAAGAAAAAAGGUCCCAGGAUACCCAAAUUGCCAGGUCUGCUUCUCUCCAUAUCGUUCUGCUGGCUGCUCCUAUAGCUUCUGGAGAACGCCUCCUCUCCACGCUACCUAGGACACCAGGAACCUGCCGCCACGUCAAUCACGUCCUCACAGCUGGAGUGGACUUCAGUGGGAGCCAGCAGGUUGAAGGUCCAGCUUCAAAGAAAAAACUGCAGGGCGGCCCUCGUGGCCGGGAUGCCACUGUGUACCCUGCCAGUCGGCGGUGGAUCCUGAGGGGCAGGAGCUGCCCACCCAGUGCAGGGGGCAGAGGAACAAGCACCCUGAGCACGACAUGAAUCUCUGCUGGAACGAGAUCAAACGCAAAUCCCACAACAUCAGGGUGCGGCUGGAGGCCUUUUCGGACAACAGCGGGAAGCUCCAGCUGUCCCUGCAGGAGAUCAUCGAAUGGCUGACAGCUAAAGAUGAGGAGCUGUCCGAGCAGCUGCCCAUAGGUGGUGAUGUGGGAGCGGUGCAGCACCAGCGGGAGUUCCACCAGGCUUUCAUGGAAGAUGUCAAAUCCAGAGGGCCCUACAUCUACUCUGUGUUGGAAUCAGCUCAGACCUUCCUGGCACAACACCCAUUCCAGGAGCCGGAGGAGACAUUGCCUGAUGGCAAAGAAGUCUCUCCUCGCCGGCGAAUGCUGAAUGUAAGUCGCUCCGUGUGGAAGCAGGCCAACGUGGCCAGUGACCUGUGGGAGAAGUUGACGGCACGCUGCGUGGACCGACACCGGCACAUGGAGCGAACCCUGGAGAGGCUGCUACAGAUCCAGGCUGCCAUGGAGGAGCUGGCUGUGGCUCUGGAGCAGGCGGAGGGAGUGAGGGACGCCUGGGAGCCUGUGGGAGACCUGUUUAUUGAUUCGCUGCAGGACCAUAUAGACGCUACCAAGCUAUUUAAAGAAGAGCUGACCCAGGUGAAGGAAGGAAUGAAACACAUAAAUGACCUGGCCCACCAGCUGGCCAUAUCUGAUGUGCACUUGUCCAUGGAGAACGCCAGGGCUCUGGAGCACCUCAACAACAGAUGGAAACUUCUGCAGGGGUCUAUUGAAGAACGUCUGAAACAGUUGCAGGAUGCCCACAGAGAUUUUGGCCCCGGAUCACAGCACUUUCUUUCCAGCUCCGUGCAGAUUCCUUGGGAACGUGCCAUAUCCCCCAACAAAGUGCCAUACUACAUCAACCAUCAGGCUCAGACAACCUGCUGGGACCAUCCAAAGAUGACUGAAUUAUACCAAGCUCUGGCGGACCUGAACAAUAUCAAGUUCUCUGCAUACCGGACGGCCAUGAAGCUGAGGCAUGUGCAGAAGGCUUUAAGAUUGGACUUGCUGAAGUUAAGCAGCGUGGUGGACGUGUUUCGAGAACAGGAGCUGCAGCAUGCCGAGCACAUUAUGGAUGUGGUUGAGGUCAUCCACGCUCUCACUUCCUUGUAUGAGAAACUAGAGGAGGAGAGGUCCGUCCUGAUCAAUAUCCCCCUGUGCGUCGACAUGUGUCUCAACUGGCUGCUGAAUGUUUACGACAGUGGUCGUAAUGGUAAGAUGCGAGUGCUCUCCUUCAAGACGGGCCUGGUUAUUCUAUGCAACGCAGACAUCCAGGAAAAGUAUAAAUACCUUUUCAGACAGGUGUGUGGUCCAGGUGGUCUGACAGAUCAGAAACAUCUCAGCCUGUUACUACACGAGGCUAUUCAGAUCCCUCGGCAGCUUGGGGAGGUGGCGGCGUUUGGAGGGAGCAACGUGGAGCCCAGUGUCCGCAGCUGCUUUCGAAUGGCUCCAGGUAAGUCAGCAAUAGAAGUUUCUCACUUUCUGGAGUGGAUGAGCCUAGAGCCUCAGUCUGUGGUGUGGCUUCCUGUUCUGCACCGGGUAACUGUGGCCGAGACCGCCAAGCACCAGGCACGCUGCUACAUCUGUAAGCAGUGCCCUAUCAAGGGCUUCAGGUACCGAAGUCUGAAACAGUUCAAUGUGGACAUCUGCCAGACGUGUUUUCUGACGGGCCGGACCACCAAGGGCAAGAAACUACACUACCCCAUCAUGGAGUACUACACCCCGACGACCUCAGGCGAGAAGAUGCGGGACUUCGCGAAGACGCUAAAGAACAAGUUCCGCUCGAAGCAGUAUUUUAGUAAACACCCUCAAAGGGGAUACCUGCCCGUUCAAUCAGUACUGGAGGUGGAGAGCUCUGAGACGCCCUGCUCAUCUCCCAGGCUGCCUCAUGCGGACACACACAGCCGGAUCGAGCAUUUCGCCAGCAGGUUGGCAGAAAUGGAGAACCAGAGCUGUUCCUUUUUCACAGACAGUCUCUCUCCGGAUGAAAGUUUGGAUGAAGAUCAGUACCUCCUACGUCACUCCAGCCCCGCCCUCGAGCAGGACUCCCCCCACGGCCACCUGCUGGCCCACCUGGACUGCCAGGACAGAGAAGAGCUGCAGCGCACCCUCCAACGCCUGGAGAACGAGAACAGGGUGCUGCAGGGCGAGUAUCGGCGGCUGAAGUGGAAGCAUGAAGAGGCAGCAGCUUCACCCCAGCUGCUGGAGUCGGGUCCCGGGUCACCGGCUGGUCAGCAAGAUGAGGAGCUCCUGGCCGAGGCUCGAGUCCUUCGACAGCAUAAGACCCGACUGGAGACACGGAUGCAGAUUCUAGAGGACCACAACAAGCAACUGGAGUCCCAGCUACGCAGACUCAGAGAACUACUGCUGCAGCCCAAAGAUGAUUCGGAGGCCAAUGGCUCGGCUCCUUCUUCUCUAUCCUCUCCUGUGUCAGGGGGUGGCCACCAGGGGGAGCCUCCCAGCAGAGAGACCACAGACACAGAAGCUGCAGGUGAGGAUUUGGAUCAUGAGCAGGACACCGUACUGCAGCUGCAGCAGGUAAUCGAACAGCUGAGGAACGUCUUCCCAUCUGAGCCAGGUCCAUGAGGAGCCUGAAGCCAAACUCAGAGGCCUCUAAUUGUGCAGGCGUCGUAUUGCUCAUCUUGUUGUGGGCGGGGUCUUGAGAAUGCAGGGCUGGCGAAUUCAUGGACAGACGAGGCGGCUGCGAGAAGAGUUUCAAGACAACCUUCUCAGCCUGUGCUUCUUUGCCGAUCCCAAAGAGCUGUGGGAUAUCUGAGUGCUAACUAAACAAACUAAUGUUUACAUGGUGCCAAAGGCCUGCACUGAUCCGGACACUGUGCUAACCCGUGUAGUAAUGCAAAGUGUGUGGCUUCAUCAGUACAGCACAAGAACCACAAACAGGACUUAAAACCACACAGAAGAGGGGAAACUUCUUAAGUCCCUGUGCCAGCAACUUCUGUGUGUGUGUGUGUGUGUGUGGGUGUGUGUGUGUGUGUGUGUGUGUGUGUUUUUUCUUUUUGAAAAUGGUUUACUAUGUUCUGUGACUCACUCAUGCACAUAAAUACAAAUAUACACAUAUACUGAUGAUAAGUCACGCUUGGCAGUGUGUGGCCCUUGUUCUGUGAAGCAGAAAAGAACAGAUUUCCCUGAACUGUCAGGACACACGGCAAGCUUAUUUACACUGUAAGGACGACACGUCUUCUGUUGAGGCUAUCAUUUAUUUAAGAUGCCAAAGUGCCCAGGAGCAUUAUGCACUUGCCCCGACAUUCUGCUUAUCUUUCAAAUUAUAAAUACACAUAUACACAGACACACACUGCAAAAAUCAUUUUCUUGAUCAGUAUUUUUUUUUUGUAAACAAAAAUAUCUAAACAUAUUUUAAACAAAAUA